AUGCCUGUAAGAAGAUUUAACAAAAUGAUUCAUAAUAAAAAUCCAUAUAUUAUAUUCUUAUCGAAUUUGCUCAAGGCGAGGGCUUCUCAAUAGGAUUGCCAAAAUAGAAAUAUAAGAGAAUAAUAGAUAACGGUCUCCAUUAUUAAAGUUUAAUAGUAAAAUGCUCUUAAAGUCUUAAAUUUAAUUUCAAUUAAGUUCAUUAAAUUUUAUUUCAUUCCAGAUUCAAUCUUAAAUAUUUGUAUUAUUUAUAUUAAUUAUUACAUUACAUUAUAUUUUAUAAUUGAAAUUAUGUUGAGAUUAUUCAUUGUUUUAAUUUACACAUCUCAUCAAACUCUGAUUUAUUAGUUUAAUGCAAGUUCUAACUUAAGAGAUGGUAAUUUCUAAUAAUUGAUAUUUUAGGAUGGGAAGAUUUGGGAGGUAAUGCCAUUAUCACUUCUUGUGGAGGGAUUCAAUAUUUUGGGUCAUCUAAUUACGGUGGUACUGUUGUUGUUAGCAAAAUAUUUGACGUACUAGAAGAUCAUUCUCAUAUUAGAGUGGAUUGUGUUAUUUUAAAGUAACGACAUUAAUAAUUUAUUUAGGAUUGAUUAAGACUCUUCUACUCCUGUCUUUUAAUUAGACUAUAAAGGAAGACCCGUUUUUGAGUCAUCAAUUUCCUCAUAAAAUUAAAUUUGUGGAUAUUCACAAUAAGAAUACAUCUAGACAAUAUCCUUAACUAUUUAACAUAACAGAAGAACCUUUUGGAUGUUUGUUAACACCUUCAAUGGAUCAGGGUUAAUAUCAUUAAGUUUAAAUACUAUAAAGUGCUAGUACGAUUGUGAUGGAUGCAUAGAGAAUUAUCAAAUAUUUUGCUUAAAAUGGAAACUGCAUUAAUAUUCAUUUAUUUAGAAAUCAUUGACAAGUUUUGAUGGAUGGACGUUUGGACCAUCGUACUAAAAUGAUUACUAUUGUGGAUAAUGCCAAUUAUUGAAAUAUUAAGAAAUUCAAUAUUCUACUGAACUACCUCCUCAUUCAGAUUUAUUAAUAAGGUUUGUAAAAGCUGAUGACAAGACCAUCAUUGUAGACUAUUUAUAUGGCAAAACAACUUUAAAUUCUUAUUAUUAACCAGUAGAACUAUUAAUUGAAAAUCAUUAUGAUCCAAUAUUAUUCCUGAAUUUUAAAACUUCCCCAUCCUCUGAUUAUAGUUUUAUAAGAGAUUUUGAAAUAUUUUACACUUUACAAGAAAAAAUUACGGUUAACAAAUUGAAUGAAGGUUGUUUAGAGCAAAUUGAAGAUAAAUGCUUAAUUUGCUUAGAGGGCUGGAUUUAUAAUUAAUAUCUUAAGAAGUGUCAUCCAGUAUAUGAAGAUUAAUAUUCCUCAUAAGGAUUAUUCUAAUCAGAAUCACAAAUAAUAGUUAGUAAAUUUAAUGAAGGCUGUUUAGAAUAAAUUGAUAAUAUAUGCUUGAUUUGCUAAAUAGGUUGGAUUUAAGAUUAAUUUCAUGAAAAAUGUCAACCCAUUUAUGAAGAUUAAUAUACCUAUAUAGGAGUAGUUUAGACUUAAUCAGAAAUAGUAAGUAAAUUUAAUGAAGGUUGUUUAGAAUAAAUUGAUAAUAUGUGUUUGGUUUGCUAAGUAGGUUGGAUUUAAGAUUAAUUUCAUGAAAAGUGUCAUUUAAUUUAUGAAGAUUAAUAUUCCUAUAUAGGAGUAGUUUAGACUUAAACAGAAAUAUUAGUAAGUAGAUUUAAUGAAGGCUGUUUAGAAUAAAUAGAUAAUAUAUGCUUGAUUUGCUAAGCAGGUUGGAUUUAAGAUUAAUUUCUUGAGAAUUGUCAUAUAAUUUAUGAAGAUUAAUCAUCCUCUGUAGGAGCAUUUUAGUUGAAAUCAGAAGUAAUAUUAAGUAGAUUUAAUGAAGGCUGUUUAGAAUAAGUCGAUAAUAUAUGCUUGAUUUGUUAAAAAGGUUGGAUUUAAGAUUAAUUUCAUGAAAAUUGUCAUUCAGUUUAUGCUGAUGAAAAUUAAUAUUCUUCCUUAGUACUAUUCUAACUUUAAUCAGAAUUAAUAGUAAGCGAAUUUAAUGAAGGUUGUUUAGAAUAAAUUAAUAAUAUAUGCUUGAUUUGUUAAAAAGGUUGGAUUUAAGAUUAAUUUCAUGAAAGUUGUCAUCCAGUUUAUGCUGAUGAAGAUUAAUAUUCUUCUUUAGGACUAUUCUAAAUUUAAUAAAAAAUAAUAGUAAAUAAAUUUAAUGAAGGCUGUUUAGAAUAAAUAGAUGAUAUAUGUUUGAAUUGUGAAAUAGGCUGGAUUUAAGAUUAAUUUCUUGAAAAUUGUCAUUCCAUUUGUGGUGACGGAAUUAUUCAAGGUUAAGAAGAAUGUGAUGAUGCUAAUCAAAUAUCUAAUGAUUCUUGCUAUUAAUGUAAAUAUUCAUGUUUAAACUUUUGCAAAACUUGCGAAUUCGGAAUUUGUUUAAAAUGCAUUUUUGGAUUUCAUCUAAAUUCUGAUUUUAAUUGUGUUCCUUUAUGUGGAGAUAGCAAUGUAGUUCCUUAUUCGGCUGAAUAAUGUGAUCUGACAGAUAAUGGAGAAUGGGAUAAUUGUUAGGAUUGCAGAUUUAUAUUAAUAGCUAAUUGCAAAAAUUAGCUACUUUCAAUGUGCUUGGUGUGCGAAAUAGGAUAUUCACUGAUAGAAAAUGCAUGUUUCCCUAUUUGCGGAGAUAAAUUUAUUCUCUAGUAAUAUGAAGAAUGUGAUGAUGGAAAUAUACAACCUUAUGAUGGUUGCUUUGAAUGUAAGUUUUAAUGCUCUGAAGAUUGCAAAAAUUGCCAUUAAGGUUAAUGUAUUUUACAAUGUGAAGAUGGAUACCAAAUUGUUAAUAGUAGGUGCCUUUCUGUUUGUGGUGAUUAAAUAGUCACAAAAGAAGAGGAUUGUGAUGAUGGAAAUACAAUCUAAUUUGAUGGUUGCUUCAAUUGCAAGUAUUCUUAUUCAUGUCCAGAAAAUUGCUCUGAAUGCUACUAAGGUACUUGUUUAGUGUGCUAUGAUCAAUACAAAUUACUAAAUUCAAAUUAAUGCCAAUUCUAAUUAAAUUGUGGAGAUGGAUUGCUUUAGAAAUAAGAGGAAUGCGAUGAUGGAAAUUAUGAAGAAGCAGAUGGAUGCAAGGAUUGCAUGAUUGAAUAAAAUUGGAUAUGUACUACGAUGAUAAGGGAUUCUCCUAGCUAAUGUAUAUUAGUCAAAGCUCCAAAAUUGGUCAUUACUUAUCUCAAUAUGACUUUUAAUAAAUAAUACAUAAGCAUCUAAUUUAAUCAAUAAGUAAAAAUAUACACAAAUUAGCCUUUAUCAAAAACAAUAAAUUUUAAAUUAUCAAAUGUAGACAUGAAGGAUUGGAAUAACAGUUUAUAUAUCCACUAGGAUGUUGGAUCAUAUGUGAGUUUUGGAGAAUACGUCGCAGAAAUAGAAGUACAUCAAUUACUUGAAUUUAGACCUAUUUUAACAAUUUUAGUAAAUUAGACAGUUGCUAAUAUAGAUAAUGCUGUUUUGGAUGACUUUAAAAAAUCAAUAACUUUAUAAUAUCCAAAAUAUCUUGAUGAAACUUAGAAGGAGUAUUCAUAUAGGUUGAGGAGUUUAAAUAUUUAUUUAAUUUAUGGUUUGUCAGGGAUUACCUGUUUAAAUCUACUAUUAGGAAGUGGGGAUUUAUUUAUUGAAAUAUUGGCAAUCCUAUAAUCCUAGCAAUAUCUGAGAUACAUUAACCUAUAAUUUCCAGAAAAUUUAGAGAUUUAUUUUACUCUUAAUGAUUUGAUAACUAUUCAACCUUUAUUAGAUUUUAUAAAUUUUUCAUAUAUAUUUUAGUUCAUUGAGGUUUAGUAAAAUUAAUAACCAUAUUCUGAGGGAAAAUUUGAUGUUUACAAAUAUAACUCAAGCUUGAUAAUCAAUCUUUCAUGCUAAAUAUUGUAAUGCUUUAUAAUUCUAUUCCUUAUUUUGUUGUACCAAUUAAUUAAAAAAGUUAUAUACAAGUAGAUAUUUUGUUCUAGGAACUUUUACUAUGCCUCAUCUUUGUCCUUAUACAUAAGUCCAAAACUAAUUUUGAAGUGUGAAGAAACCUUCUAUAACAUUUGCAAAGAUUUGCUUAAUUUGAAAAAAUUUUUGUCUUUCUAAGGUUUAUAAAAAGCUGUAAUUUUAAAUGGUUGGGAUAUGGCAUUUAAAAUAUUAUUGUAUACACGAAACAUUUAAACUAAUAAUUAUUUAGAUAUUGUGCAACUUAUUUUGGCAAGCAUUAUUCUUAUUCUUUAUUUUACCAUAUUUAUAGAUUGUUUCAAAUUGAAAUAAAAAUUGUAAAAGAGGGAAAGAUUUGCAAUUUUAAGUUUCGGAAGAUAAUUCUUUUUUUAAUUCUUCUUGAUUAAUGUUUAAAGUUCUCAAAUAUUAUAAUUAGGAUUACUCUUCUUUACAAAUGUCUUAUAAAUUAAAUUUCUAUUUAUUUAUAGGCAUAUAUAAAGUAAAAAGAAUUAUAUUGUUUAAAUGGUAGUUGAGAUAUCAGUAAUGAUUUUUAUGCUUAGUUCAUACUUAUAUAUCUCAGAGUGUAAAGAAUAUUUUAAUGAAGAGAAAAAAAUAAUAUUGGGAUGGAUUCAUAUAGUCAUUCUAUCUUCAGGUGUAAAUGUGCAAUUAAUUUUCAUCAUCAAGGAUAUAUAUUAAACAUGGAAAAAGUUAUACAAAAGAAAAAAGCCAUAAUGUGCUAGAAAUCAAUUAUUUAUAUGA